CAGUCUGAUCGUCAACCACUUUGCACGUUCAAACUGGAUCUAAACUCAGUGAACACCGAAGAUGGAAGACCCUUGGUGAAGAUGUCUGCAUACUGGGACGAAGUCAGGACAUGCAGAACUCUCAGAUCACUGAUGGCCACCCGCUCGCGAACGAAGUGAAGAUCAAUCUCAAUAUGCUUGGUACGCUGGUGCUGGACUGGGUUGGAGGACAUGUAUACUGCACUGAUGUUGUCACAGUACACCAGUGUGGCGCGACGGAGAGGGGCGUGAAGCUCCUGAAGGAGCUGGCGCAGCCAUGUGGCCUCAGCAACACCAUUAGCCAUGGCGCGGUACUCGGCUUCAACACUGGAUCUGGAGACGGUGGUCUGACGCUUUGAGGACCAGGAGAUCAGGUUGUCCCCAAGAAACACAGCAUAGCCCGAGGUGGACUUGCGCGUAUCGGGACAUCCUGCCCAGUCAGCAUCAGUGUAGACCUGAAGAUCAGCUGAAGAAGACGGUCGCAGCAGAAGGCCAAGGUGAAGAGUGCCUCGAACAUAACGGAGGAUCCGUUUGAGAGCCGCAAGGUGGGGCUCUCUGGGGUCAUGCAUGUGAAGAUAGACUUGCUGCACAGCGUAGGCAAUAUCAGGCCAUGUGAACGUCAAUUACUGUAGAGCACCAGCAAGACUCCUGAAAUCCGUAGGAUCUGAAACAGGAGAACCAUCAGCCGCGGCGACUUUGGGAUUGGUGUCGACGGGCGUAGAGCAUGGCUUGCACUCUGCCAUCCCAGCACGAUCAAGGAUCUCAAGCAUAUACUAUCUCUGAGAAAGAAGAAGACCAUCACCACAUCGCUGAACAUGCAUACCAAGAAAGUGAUGCAGUUCGCCGAGAUCCUUCAUAGAAAACUCCUGCUGAAGAGCUGAAAUAAUCCGCCGAAGAAACUCUGAGGAUGAGGCAGUGAGGACGAUAUCAUCAACAUAAAGUAGUAGAUAUGCUGUAUCUGAUCCGCGCCGGUACACAAAGAGGGAGGUGUCUGACUUGGCUUCCACAAACCCGAGAGAGAGAGAGCAGAUGCGUAGCAAACCGACUGUACCAAGCCCGAGGAGCCUGCUUCAACCCAUACAAGGACUUGUUCAGACGACAAACAAAAUCCGGAUGGGUGGGAUCCUCAGAACCAGACGGCUGUAUGCAGUAAACUAUCUCAAUCAGGGUACCAUGCAGAAAAGCAUUCUUGACGUCGAGCUGAUGAACAGGCCAGCGCCGAGAGAGAGAGCCAAAGAGAGCACUGUGCGAACAGUGGCUGGCUUCACCACAGGACUGAAAGUCUCCGAGAAAUCCACACCAGGCCGCUGGGAAAAACCACGAAGAACCCAGCGCGCCUGAUAUCGUUCGAGAGACCCGUCCGCCCGGAACUUGUGCUUGAAGAUCCACUUCCCGGUGACAAUGUUGGCCCCAGCAGGACGAGGCACAAGAUCCCAGGUGUGAUUCUGUAGAAGAGCAUCAUGUUCCUCUACCAUAGCAGCUCGCCAAUGAGGAUCAGCCAGAGCACUACGGUAGGUCUUCGGGACGGGAGACAGGGCGGCGGUGUGGAGAAUCGGGCGAGGUGGCAUCCGAUACCCAGUCUUUGCCCGUGUCAACAUGCCAUGCUCAUUGCGCACUGGAGGAAUGGCCUCAGCGCCCUUGGGCAAAGGGGGCGGGCCGUCGAGCACAGGAGCAGGAGCCGGCGGGCGGCGUGAGUACACCUUGGUGAUCUCACGCAGUGGGGGCGGGAUGAAAACCGGCGGAGGCGCGUCGGACGUGGCCGCGCGUGGCGCGGAAGGAGGGGUACCCGGUACGCGCCGCGCGGGCGGGACGUAGAGCGCGCGCACCGGAGACCCUGUGGGCGACGCCGCGCGUGGCACUGGUGAGUCCGGAGUGGACUCCAGUGAGGCCGCGCGUGGCGCAGGGGAGGCAGUCCUGGUCUCCAGGGGGGCCGCGCGUGGCGCGGUGGUCAGGGUACCCGGCGCGCGCCGCGCAGGCGGGAUGUAGAGCGCGCGCACCAGGGACCCGGAGGAGGACGCCUAGGGCUCCGCGGGCGCGGGAGCCACGGGGGGAGCUGAGGCCGGCGCCGCGCUGGAGGAGGCGCCAGUGGGAAGUCCUGCAGGAAAAACUUUGUGCAUCGAACCAAUAGGAACGGGCACAACAUCAGUAGCAUCUAAAAACUCGAAGUCCUCAGCCUGGCGAGGGCCAUUGUUCUCAGCAAAGGGAAAGGAAGUUUCAUCAAAGAUGACCUGCCGCGAGAUGAUGACUCGGUUGGAGGAGAGAUCAAGGCAGCGGUAUCCUUUGUGAUGAGCGGAAUAGCCAAGGAAGACGCACAGGGUGGAGCGCGGGGUGAGUUUAUGUGGAGUUGUGGCGGAGAGGUUUGGAUAACACUUGCAACAGAAAACCCGAAGGUGAUCAUACGCCGGGGGUUUGCCCAGAAGGGUGAGGUGUGGCGUGGAGAAGUCGAGGGUCUUGGUUGGCAAGAUGUUAACCAGAGAAGUCGCCGUGGAGAGGGCCUCAACCAAGUAGGUGGGUGGCAUGGAUGCCUGAAACAGUAGGGAGCGAACGACAUUAUUUAUGGAGUGAAUAAUACGUUCAGCUUUACCGUUCUGAGGCGAGGUGUAGGGGCAAGACAUGCGAAGAUGAAUGCCUCUAGUGAGGAAGAAUGUGUGGGUACUGGAAUUGUCCAAACUCCUUGCCAUUGUCGCACUGAACUUCUUUGACAGAGGCGCCAAAUUGGGUAGUGGCGUAGGAGAUGAAGUUAGACAGCGCGCUGAAAGUGUCAGACUUAAAGCGUAGGGGAAAAGUCCACAGAUAAUGAGUGCUAUCAUCAAGUAUGACCAAAUAAUAUUUAAAUCCUGAAAUGCUAGCAACAGGAGACGUCCAAAGAUCACAAUGAAUAAGAUCAAACUGAUGUGUAGCACGAGACGAAGACGCAUGAAAAGGCAGACGAGUAUGUCGCCCCAACUGACAUGCAUGACACAACUGUGAACAAUCCUCUAACUGAAAGGAAAUACUAGCAGCAAGCUUUGACAAAGCUUCAUGACCGGGGUGCCCGAGACGCCUAUGCCACAGUGGAGAGGUAGCUUUGGCGAUGAAGGAAGAAGCUGGCGGUAGACGAAGAGGGUACAACGGGCCGGAGCUAUUGCACCUGACGAUCUCUGUCCGUGACGGAAGGGCCUUCACAGAGCAACCAGCGGGGUCAAAUUCAACAGAGCAAUUAUUAUCGGUAGUAAACUGGCGAACAGAGAUAAGAUUCUUAAUAAUUUGUGGUGACACAAGAACAUUAUUAAGACGUAAAAAAGGAGAUAACUCUGUGGAACCAGUGGCUGUGACAGGAAUGACGGAGCCAUUACCGACAACAAUGGAUGAAGGAGUAGGAUACCGCGGGGAGCAGGCAUGCGAAAGUAUAUGUGGUAGAGAAGUCAUGUGAGAGGUAGCACAUGAGUCGAAGUACCACUCGUUGGAGGGGGGCUGGUUCAGCGACGCCGUGCUGAAUGCGGAGGCCAGUGACUGCUGAUCCCAGGAAGGGAGGCCGGCCAUGGGGUGGUAGAGCCCUAGGGCAGUCCACUGGCCAGCGCCAUCAGUGGCCGAAGAGGGGGCAGCAGCCUGCUGCUGCUGCGGGGCGACGUAGGGCGGCAGCUGCUGGGCGAACAUGGCCUGCGGCUAGGGAGGUCGCGGUAUGGGCGCCAGAGGGGGGCGGGGACCAGGCCACAUCUGAAUGGUCCCCGUCCAGGGGUUGUAGAAGGUGGGCCAGGGGGCGCUGGAUGGAGCGUCCUUGGCCCCAGGGGCGCCGGCAGCCUGCUGUGGCUGCGUCCCCUGGGCGCGCUGGUCGGAGCCACCCGUGCUGUUGCUGUUGCCGCCGCCGCGUCUGCUGCGAUGGUUCGAAGACUUGGCGCUGGAUGAGUUGCCCCCCCCCGGAGCCGGAGGCAGCCUGCUGCUGCUGAGGGGCAGAAGCCGCAGCCUUGGUGGAGGCGGUGAGGGCGGCGGCAGGGGUCUGCCGAUUCUCCAGAGUGAUUUCCUCAAGGACGAGGUCAUCACGGGCCUCUAGGAAGCUGGGGAAGAGGCGGGCGCGUCGGAGAAGUGUCCCAACAUGGGCGAAGCGCUCGUUGAGGCCUCGGCUGACGCUGAGGACGAGUGUCCGAUCGGUGAUGAUCUCACCGAGGGAGCCGGGGUCGUCGGCCAUCUUCUUCAUGCGGCGACAGUAGUCGGUGACGGAGAGGUAGCCUUGGACGAAGUUACGGAAUUUCGUCUCCAGCUGGAUGGAGCGCGCCUCCCGGUUGCUGAGGAAGAGGGACUCGACGGUGAGCCAGGCGUCCUUGGCAGAGGUGCCUUGGGAGGAGAUGAUCUCGGCGAGGUCGUCGGUGAGGGUCCCGAGGAUCCAGGACUUGACAACGCAGUCCAUGCGUGUCCAGUCCGGGGAUGCAACAGCAGGGGCGUCGAGGUGGACGUGAUCCUGGACGGAGAACUUGCCGAGGGUGAGCAGAAACUGAUCACGCCAUCGGUUGAAGUUACCGGAGUCGACGUCGAGGAUGAUCGGGACGAGGCUGCGGAUGUUGGUGACGGCGACCGCCUGCGCAUGCAGAUUCAAGAGGGCAGCAGCCUCGUGAAGGAGCAGGGCCGCGUGGAGAUCGGUGGGGACGCUGUCACUGUCGCGGUGAGGGGGCUUCGGAGGGCCGAGGGCGUCUUCGGCGGCGGCGCGCUCGCGGGCCGCGCACGCCAAGGGGGCAUCGCGGGCGGCAGCAGCUGUCGCGGCCUCCUCCUCGGCCUGCGCGGCGCGUGCCAUGGUGGCGUCGUACUCGUCCUGCCACGCCUUGGCGAGGCGCUGUGUCUCCAAAGCGGCGGCGCUGGCGGCCUCCUGCGCCUGGCGGCGGGCGAGCUCGUCAUCCUGGGCGGCCUUGGAGGCGGCGGAUGGGGACUGCGGAGCAGAGCCUGUCAUGGCGCGGGAUUGGGAGGCGGCGCAAGGGAAGGGGUGGGCGCGACACGACGGAAGGCCGGCGCGCAAGCACUGCACGGCAGGGCGCCGGCGUGCUAGGGCAGCGGAAGGUGGAUCCGGGAGAGAAUCCGGACUCUUGAUACCAUGAAAGCGAGGAAAGGCUCGGAAAUUGGAUGAUUGAUUAAUGAGGGUAGAGGGUACAAUAUAUAGGCAAGGAUCGUCUAGGGUUAGGGUUUAUAGAACACACCCAAUCAACCAUGAUCCUUGCCUAAUACAAAUCAAUCCAUCACAAAGCUCACGGCAGCCAGGCCAAUAGGCCGGCGCCCCACAGCCCAACAGGGCGGCCCAAUCUAUCACGCUAACACUACCUGACACAUCAGUUCACAACAACCAUUCCAAACAACUCCUAAUUGUUAAGUUUCUAAUGUUCUUACCUCCAUCUACACUCUUGAAUUCAUCAUCAGAAUCAUCUUCAAGAAUGCUUACAGAGUCAAACCAGGCAUCUUCGUUGCUGCAACCUACAACGUCCCUCUGGCUGUGAUGCCACUGCAUCUGCGUAAGGUGGAAUGUCUUGGAAAGCUCCGAUUUGCCACGGUUUGCAGUCUCGACAUGGACAAUCUCGCUCAUUGAGAAGCCGGUCAUGCGUCCUCUCGUAUCGCUCAACUGCUGUGACUGGGGUGCCUCUGGCAUGAUGGACCGGGAACGGCUGCGGACUCUUCGUCCUCUGGUGUAAUAUCUCGCUGGCCUCCUAUGCUCUAGGGCAGCCUUGGAAGUACAGGAACCCAUGGUGGUGGAUACUUGUGUGUGUGUGUUUUCUGUUUCUGGUAUCCUCAGUACUCUUUAAGGGUUCUAAAGAUUCGCAAACAGACAGUGCGAGUGGAGUGAUUUCUGUGGCACCAAAGAUCGAGUAUUCUCAACUAGACAGACAAAUGUGAGGAGAAUGUAACAAGAAACUGGAUAAACAGAAUGGAGAGCUACCAGAUUGAAUCCAAGAAACGCAAAUGGUUUCGGAAAAGCAAGAGACUUGGAAAGUGAGGGCAAGGUUUGGAGAAAACUUAAGCCGUUCUGCAAUAUAAUGUUGUGUAGGCUGAUAAUUGAUGGAUUAGUUUGGAGAGCAUGUGCUCGUUGGUAGGUUGGCAUUUUGCAUUAUAUGCAUUAUUGUAGACAAUGAAUUAUAUCAACUAUUCCUGGACAAAUAAUUAGGCAACUUUGAACUUCAGGGAAGGUUCUUGUUCAGUUUGCAUAAUGAAGAGAGAUCUUCUAGUUGAAGAGAAAUAUGGUUAAGCAGAUUGCCUUGUACUGUCGGUAGGGGUUUCGGAUUU